ACUUCCUGGUUUACCACAACAGACGGAUGUGAGGCAGUGGUGAAACAUCAGAGCCUCAACAAUGAGAGUCCAUCACUUCUGCUUCUUUGUCAUGCUGCUGAGUGAUAAUGAUAACGCGGUUCUCGUUAGUGCUGGUGAGACCGUCUGGACUGGAACUGAAGGAGGAUCCAUCACAGUUAAUUGCUCGUUUUACUUUAGUGGAUCGAUGGCGUGCUUCUGUAAGGAGAGCUGUGACGAGAAAGGAAACAUUCUCGUUCAGACAAGCGGCAAAAGAGCUUGGAUCGACAGAUACAGCCUUGUAUAUAAAAGAGAAUCUAUUCUGAAAUAUGAACAAAUUUUUGCGACCAUCACAAAUCUGAAAAAGUCUGACUCAGGAUGGUACAUGUGUCGUUUGGAACACUUGCUUUCCAAUUCAGAUAAGAAGAUUCAGAUCAUUGUCAAAGAUGCUUCAACCACUGCAGACCCACCACCACCACCAUCAUCAUCAUCAUCGUCGUCGACAGCAGCAGCAGCAGCAGCAGCAGCAACAACCACAGCUUCAGCCACGUCACAGAGUUUCACUUCUACACAAUUCACGUCCCAACCUGUCGUCCAACUGAAACAGAACCACAAUGUACUGAUAUAUGUGAGCCUGAUUCUGCUUUUCAUAAUCAUCGUAUUAUCAGUGGCUGUGCUGGUUUUCUGCAGGAACAGGGCCAGUAAAACUAAAGAAUCUCCAGAAAAAACAGAGGAACACGAGGUCAGCCAAGUGUACGAGGAGGUCAGAGACGAGUCCACACACAGCAGAGCUCUUCCUGUGGAGGACUUGACUUAUUCUCUCGUACAAUUCACCAAACCGGACAGAGACAAAACCACAGACUGCUACAGUUUGCUCACAGCUCAGAACACAGCUGGAUCUGGAGCAGCUGAGCAUCAGAAAGGAAACACCGUCAUCUACUCUGUGGUUCAGGCAAACAUGAGCGCUGUGAGUCACAGUCACGAUGCUUCAUUUCCUCUCUACUCCACUGUCGCCUCACACGAGCACAAACUUUAACGCUGCCUGUGUCCAACAGGUGGCUGUCCAGGCCAAGUUUUGAAAUUUGUAACGAUGCCCAAUACAAGUUGUUUCACUUGAAUGUAACACAUCUAAACUCACAUCAUAGUCCACUUGGUUCCCACCCAUUGCAAGCGGAACACACGGUUUUAUUUUAGGGUUGGUUCAGUUCUUGUUUUCAACUGCAAACCUCAAGUGAAAAAUGAACGUGUGCUGAAAUGUCCUUCAGUUAUUGGUCACACAAGAAGACAAAAUAUGUCACACAAUUUCUACAACAUGUUGUUGCCUGUAAACCACACGAGGAGGCACAUGUGAUGUUUAUGCUCGGACAACCUGCACAAAACAAUAUCUGAAUAUAUGAGUUUUAUACAAGAGAUUAUGGAAAUUAUACAUGAGGUCUAGGGUUCUCUAAAAUACAAAGGGGAACUAGUGAGGAAAGCAAAUAUUUGUAUUAGCCCGGCUCCAAGUGAUUCACCCGAGACAACCCACUUUAAGAGGACCAGAGUCCAGUUCUGUGGUUUGCACCAGACGUCUUAGACGAAUACGCUCUGGGUUCAGUUAAGCUAUGGAUAUUAAAUAAGCUGUUAUGGUUAUUUAAGAAAACCUGCACUCGAUUGCCUGUCCUUUAGUCUGUCCCUCUUAUUAUUAUUAUUAUUAUUAUUACUACUACUACACCACACAGUGCUUAUAAUAUUGAAAUUUUCAUGUCUUACUAUAACAUAUUUCUUUGUAUGACUUUUUUUUAAAUUGAAAUGUUAAUAUGACAAUUGCUACAACUGCAUUACGUACCUUUUUUUAUGCAUUACUUAUAUUAAAUGACAAUAAACCAACAUUGUUCUUCUUGAAUGCAUACUUUGAUAUUUUCUCAUUAAAUUCCAUUCUAUUUUUCUUAAGCUUUACAACGCUGACAUUAAGACUUAAUAUUUGGUGUUAUUAUGACAUUUUCGUUAUUUAUGACAUGCUGUAUUGUUUGAACUUGUUUUAUUCCAUGGACAGUGACAUGCUGUAUAAGACUUCACGUUUCUUCACUUUUCAUGGUUAACUUUACUUUACUUUUCUGGCAUUUAUACGACCUGCUUUGUAUAAAUGUAAAGUUUGGUCAGUGGCAGCAAAGACUGGUUUUAAGCUCUAAGAACUUUCAGUAAAAGACAGAAAACAAGUGAAGUAAAUUACAUGUUUUUUAAUGAAAAUACAUUUGACAUGUAUUGAACGUUUUACACAGUAUAUGGUCUUAACAUUUUACAAAACACUUAUUCACAGUGCAGUGUACGUGUCCACUUUACACUGUGAGCACUGAUAUUGCUGAACCUCACGCUGUAAUAUAAAUGCAACCUGAUUCAU